UGGGUUUGAAGUGAUCCAGUUCGUCAGACAGCACAGACCACGUUCGCAAUGCAAUCGCUGGUGGUGUUCCUCGCCGUGGCCGCCGUGGCGCGCGCCUCCCUCCUGCCGCUGGCGCAGCCCGCGCACCAUCCCGCCAUCGUCCUGGACCCUCACGGCCGCCCCCUGGACACCGCCGAGGUCAUCGGCGCCCGCGCCCUCCACUACCAGGCUAAAGCCCUGGAACCCCACGGCCACAUCGCUCACGCUGCCAUCGCUGCCCCUAUCGCCCACGCCGCCAUCGCCCAUGUCGCUCCCGCAGUAAUCGCCGCCCCCGCCGCCGUGUCCCACCAGUCCCGCGUCGACGUCCGCACCAGCCCCGCCGUGGUCGCCCACAGCGUGGUCGCCGCGCCCAUCGCUCACGGCGUGCAUGGUGUUCAUGGUCUCCACGGAUGGUAAACGGCAAGAACUGACGAACUACCAAAAAUAUAAAUUUAUAUUAAAGUAUUUAAAAGGAAA